UCAAUUCUGCAAGUGGUUCCGAUUUACUAUCACUGUUCUCUAGCUGGUCUAAAACCGCUUUUGACCUAAAGCGACGCUUUUUGGACGCCAUGGACUUUUCUAAGUUUCCAGGCAGAAAGAACAGUCAAAAUGCAGGCAGGGCACAGGACAAAGCAGUAGGGACAAAAUGUAUGUGAAAUGGUUUGAAACCAAAAUGACAGUUUCUAAAAUGUUUACAUUUUACAUUUGCCGCCGGUUCUGGCCCCUGUACGUCCCAAUGCUCGCAGGGAUCGGAACACGGAAGCCGGAUGCCGGCAUCGGCCGGAGGAGAUGGGCAGGGAUGCUGCAGGGGAACGCA